AUGGCUACAGAAAUUCAGAUGGCCCCAAUGCCCUCAAAUAGCGCCGAGACCGAACACGAGAUCCAGGAGUAUUUGAAAAUCAUCAAGCUUCGCGAUGAAAUAUAUGCGGGAAAACACCCCCGCUUUAAACCAGCUUCGCAACCUGGAUCAGUCUUAAGAUCAACUGCGCAGCCUGCCAAUUCGAGCUCUGGGACUUCAGCCGACAAGAACUACUCUUCAGGUGUAUCGCGUAGUCAGUCGCAGGGUUGGCCUACAAACUCUGCUGGUCAAAUUACAGAGAGCCGAAUAAGUGACAUUUUGUUGUCAAAGUCAGACGUGUUGGUAAAUGCAGAAAUAAAGCUGAAGAGGCAGCGAAUAGAGAAGGAGUUAAAGAGGCAGGUCGAGGAGAAAAGACAAGUGACGAUAGAUGAGGAAGAUCUGAAUUUAGAGGAGGUAAUGGAGAAAGUUGGACUUUCAGCGACGAGAAGUACUCGUCCUGGCAAUGAAGACAUGGAUAUGCAGACAGGAGAACCUGCACCAAGGAGAGUAGGAGUUCUCGAACAGGAGGAAAAACCAGAGGCUUAUUUAAUUGAAGCUCUUCGAAAACCACCUACAGGCCCAGCUGCAAUGUCUACUCCGCGGGAACAAGAUCAAGCUUCAAGACAUGGAGACUCAGAAGCGAAAUCUCAUAAUACGCGUGAUACAAUUCCCGAACGCGUUUACUCGCCGCCCGCACGACCUCAUUAUUCUGCUACGAGUCAACUUCGAUCGCCCGCGGCGCCCCAGCCAGUCCGCCCAGCAAAUAUGGCCCGUGUAGAAUCUCAGGAUCAAAGAAUGAUAGUUGAGGUUGAUACAGAGAUUCCGUAUGGGAGUGCCGGGAGACCUCCGUAUAGAGGCCGAGUUUCACCGGUACCCUAUAUCAAACCCGAACCUGCAUCUCCUGGUUAUCGUGAGCCAGUGCCGCGAGUGCAGACUCCCGAUAGAGGAAGACCCCCGAGCCGUGUUGGCCAAUAUGAUACUGGGAGUCGGGCACGCUACGAAUAUCCAUAUGUUCCCCCAGCUGGUUAUUAUUCUGUCCCACCUGCCCCCCCUCUUGUACCAGCCCAUCGUCCGUACGACCCUUAUUCACACAGGGAAGCGGACCCAUAUGCAUGCCCCCCUGCGCAAAUUGAUUAUGCAGCGCGCAGAUCUUAUACGCCAGCAUAUGUGCCCCCAGUGGCAUCAACAUAUCCUCCACGGCUGCCUUAUGAUGAAUUUGACCGUAGGUAUCCACCCCCACCUCCAGUACCUAUACGUCAACCUUCACGUGUGGGAAGAAGAUCUGCUUCACCCCCGGGACAGUAUCGCCAUACUCGCCACUCAAGUCGUUCUGUCUCACCUACCGAGCGUGGGAGGAGAGAAUCCCCUCGGCCCGUUAAUUCAGAGUAUCGGCCACAGAGCAGGAUGCCUCUAAGUCCUCCUCGUAUCGACCAGUACGGUAGAACAAUACCCCAACCACCUUCGGCUAUUCAGCAACGAGGCAGUGAGAUAUAUGCUGCGGAAUAUGGACAUCCCUAUGCUCCGCAUCGUGAAAGACCAGCUUACGGUGAUGAAAGGUCGCUCUACUAUCAGCCUCAAGCUCCGGUUCAUUAUAAUGAACCACCGAGACCAGAGAGCAGUAUUGUAGCUCGGGAAGCGGAAGUGAGAAGUUACAGAGAUAGAGAGUAUUCUUAUUCAACAGCAGCAAGACAAUCUUUACCGCCACCUCCAAUUAUUGGGGGUGGAUAUCCUCCGCCACCGCUCGAAUACGCCCGGGCAUCAUCCAGAGCAGCCUCCAGGGCACCUGUGGGGCUACCUACGGAAAUUCUGGACUAUCCUCGGGGAAUUGGUGAAAGGGGUGAUUAUCAUGACCGACCCCUUGCCAGGCCUGAUGAGAGGGAACGGGAUCAUGGUGGACGCACAAGCGCUAGGCCUGAUGAGAGGGGAGGGUACCUACCAAUAAGGCAUGCCAGUGCGCGACCAGAGAUAUCGAGAGGCUAUGGAGAAAGGGAAUAUGCAGCAAUCCGCCAACAAAGUGUGAGACCUGAUGUGAGAAGAGACGACUCGAGGGAACAGUAUAUGGAACCUCUACCAAUUACGGGAGGCUUUGCUAGGGAUUCAGGGCAAAUGCAGCCACCACCAAGGCUUCCCUAUGCUGGAAGCGAGUAUGGAGACUCUAGAUAUGGCCGGAAAUAUUGA